CGCGACGCGUUUCAACCGCAACAAGAUCAAGACGGUACGACCCGUCACGACGCUUGAUAUGACGAUGUGACGUUCCCGUCCUCGGACCUGUAGAUUUGUUCGAUCGUGUAAAGCGGUUCCUCGUGCCAGCUCCCGAUCAUACUAGAUCAUACUUCUACUCGCACAGCUCGAACAAUGUCCAAUCAGCAGCAACAGAAGAUCGCUGACUUUUUGACAUGGUUCACCAAGAACGGGGGGACAUGGUCAGACUCUAUCAGGCUGCAACAUGACGAGAAAUUUGGGUACCACGUCGUUGCUACUACCGAUAUCCCCCACCCCAACAACGACGUCGAACAACCUCUCAUCGCAUGUCCUUUCGGACUGACCAUCACCCAGCCUCUCGCAAAGUCGUUCGUCCUAUCAGCUCGGUUUGGUCAAACUAGUCCUAGAGAAGAGGAGAUAGAAGUGAAGGGAGACGUCAAGGCAGACGAGAACGAGGCAUCGACCUUGAACGAGAGACAGUGGAUUGCAAGCUAUCUCGUUUUACACUUGAUCGGCAAGGACGAGGCCAGGUUGCUGCCAUCUACGCUUCAACUUCCCCACCUGCCCUACAUAAAUCUCCUCCCUAUCGCGUCCGAAUUGACCACCCCUCUCCUAUUCAUCCCACAAGAAAGAGAGCUUAUCAGCGGUAGCAACCUCGAUCACGCGGUCAGCGAUCGGGAAAAGCUCUGGCGAGCCGAGUGGGAGGCUGCAAAGGUGGUCGUCUGCAAGGGGGCGCUGGGAAGUCUGAGAGAGGCAUUUAGUUGGGACAGAUGGUUAUUGGCAAACACAUUCAUAACCUCCCGUUCUUUCCCCUCUUCCCUCCUCCAGCUAGAUUCACGUACCUUCCCUUCCGGCUCUCAGCCAACCGAUACGGACGGCAACAGCGAUGAUGGACCAUAUGGCAUGAUGCUCCCCGGGAUCGAUCUACUCAACCAUAAACGGGCUGAACCGGUCAGUUGGACCAGUCGACCGGGGAGGGAGGGCAAGGGGGAAGUAGGAUUUAGUUCGAGAAAGGGGUACAAGGCCGGUGGCCAGGUUUGGAACAACUACGGGCCGAAAGGCAACGAAGAGCUUCUGAUGGCCUAUGGUUUCGUCAUCCCUGGCAAUCCCUCCGAUACAUCCGCCGUCAAGCUCGGUAUUCAAGACAACCCCUCGGCAGAGAUGCAGAGCUUGCUAGACCGAGCAGGAUUGAAGGUCGAUGAGACGCAUCAAGUUCAAUUUGAUGACCCUGAUUCCAUGUCGGAUCGUGGCAGAGUAAAGUUCCUCUUGCCUGAACGUCUGACCCGGGUCGUCCGGAUCUGCUGCGGAGGGAAAGACGAGCCGAGGAGAAAUCUCGAACAGAUCUUGGAGGGGAUCGCCAGUUCGCCCGACCCAUACGAGAACAAGUACGUCGAAGCUGCAACGGUAGAAAUGCAGGCCAUGGAAGUGUUGGAAGGUGCGUUCCAAAGCAAGGCCGGGGCCGCUCAGUCUAGAUUAUGGAGGAUCGGUGGGCAAAAGGGUCAGCCUGGGAUCAGGGACCAUGUCUGGCAGGCUUGUCGAGAGUAUGCAAAGGGCCAGCAUGACAUCUUGCAAUCGCAGUAUCUUCGGGUCACUCUGGAGCUAGGCGACUGGGAGGAGAGGUUGGGGCCGUACAUGGAUGAAGGUGCAGGCGGAGAUUAUGAUGACGAAUGGGACGAGUGAUGGUCUCGUGUAGACUGUAUGCGCGAGACGGGAGGGGUACGAGAGCGGUGGUCGGUGUUUCGCAAGAAGAUCACGCAAUCCGCCAAUUCCGCCAACGAUAUACCUAUCCGUAAUCUGUUAUCGUUUCGACCGGUGCUAGCGAGUUAUUCCGCAGUCGGCGUCGCCCUCUU